AUGCGCUGGUUUUCAAGAGUUCUUUUAGGAUGUCUCCUACUGUAUUCUGUCAAUGGUGUGAAGGUUAAAGUUGGUCAUAUUGGAGCGAUUGGUGCGAUGAAAAAUGGGGAAAAGAUUCUGGAACUUUCUCGAAAACAACUUUUGGCCGAAGGUGUGAUUGGAGAUGAUUUUGAGAUUGAGUAAGAUAAUUUAUUGAUAAAACACAAUCCUAAUUAUAGUUGGACAUCGACUAAAUGACAUUUUCAGGUUUUUUAAGCCAAAUGAGUUGAUAUAUUGUGUUUUAAUGUUAUUCAUAUGAUAGAAUGGUCUAAGACGAACAAAAUGAUAUAAAUUUUGAUGAGUUUACGUUAUCCAUAAGUGAUUUAGCGAGGUUUAGUCGAUAAGGUCGCUAAAUCACUUAUGGAUAACGUAAAAUCAUCAAAAUUUAUAUAAUUCUGUUCGUCUUAGACCAUUCUAUCAUAUGAAUAAUAUUAGAACCCAAUUUUUCAAAGCUCUCGCUUAAAAAAAACCUGAAAAUGUCAUUUAGUCGAUGUCCAACUACAAUCCUAAUAUAAUUUUUUCAAGAAUUCUAAAUCAAAUGGGUUGCGGUGAUGCAUACGAAGGUGUUGCCGUUGGUGCCGACAUGUAUCAUGUUCAAGGAGUUCGCGCUUUCAUCGGCCCAUAUUGUAAUGCUGAAUUAGACGCGGUCGCAAAAAUGGCAACCUUCUGGAAUAUCCCGAUCGUCGGCUACAUGGCCUCAUCCAACACUUUUGCUGACAAAAACAUCUACAAAACAUUGGCCAGAGUUUCGUUGCGAACUACGAAUUCAUUGGCCGAAGCUGCUGCUGCACUUAUCAAACAUUAUGGUUGGAAUAAGGUUGCGAUUGCGACGAAUACGGGAGCCCUAGCUUUUGAGCGUGUCAAUUCGUUUGAGGAGGUUUUUCAUCUUCGUGGAAUUACGAUUGUUAAGAAAAUUAUGUUGGAUGAGUAUACGAAUGCGAAAUCUAUCAUGUCUAGCGGACUUCUACAAGAUCUUUCGAAUAGCGCAAGAAGUGAGUUGGUGGAAAGUGAAAAAAAUAAAAUUAUUUCGUGCGGCUAUGCGUCGCGAUUGUCUCCCGAACGCGACGCAUAGCCGCACGCGACUGACGAAACUGAUUUGCCACAUUUUUCAACUUCGACGAUAGACAGCUAUUUUUGAUUGAGACCACCCACGAAGCCCCUGACCAAAACUUGAACUAAGCAAAAAAUAGAUUCAAAUCUUCCGGUACGCAAAAGUGCGUCACAGUGUUUGCACACCAAUCCUAUCCUGAUUUCCAGUCGUCGUCUGCGCCUUCCUCAUCAACUCGUGAAAUGACCAAAGAAUUCAUGCAAGCUGUCACCUUAUCCGGAAUGAACAAUGCCGAAUAUGCCUGGAUUCUUCCGUGGCUUCAAACUGAAACCAAAGAUACGGCUCCGUGGCUCGGCGAUGAUGGAGAAUAUCAGCAGAAUGUUAAAGAUCAUUUCGCAAAUGCUUUUAUCGUAAGUGACUAGAUUCAAGAAGCGAACUAUAUCUUUUUAAUAUCAGAUCGAUGAUGUAAAUGGUUUUGACAACACUUUGGUCACACCGUUUCGCGAAAAAUUGGAAUCUAAUGGAUAUACAACUGAUGAUUUGGAAUUGGUAAGAAAAGCAUCGUGAAUUCUAGAUGUUCUAUGUAUAUUUUCACAGAAAAACAUCUAUGGUUAUGUUCAUCUUUACGAUGCUCUUCGCCUUUAUGCGUUAGCAGUUCGAGCAACAAUGAAUGAGACUGGAAAUGAGAACGCGUAUCUAGAUGGAAAAGCGGUUUGGAACAACAUGCGACGCAUCACAUUCCCAGGAUUGGUCUCAAAUGCUGGCGUCACUUCUGGAACUGUCAUGAUGGAUGAUAUCGCUGAAAGAGCACCGGUUUAUGCCGCAUUUUAUGUGCCACCCAACAGUGAUACGGUGAGAAAAGUCAGUGAACUCGAGCCACGAUUGUUGGAUAAUUGUGAUGGCACAAAGACAAAGACUGGCUGUUAUGAACUGCUAAUUUCUGAUCAAUCAACUGGUUUUUGGCCGUCAUUGGAUGGAAGUUUGCCGAAAGAUGAGCCGGCAUGCGGUUAUCGAAAUGAGAGAUGUGAUUAUACAGCUAUUAUAAUUGGAGGAUCUUUGAUUAUUCUUGUGAUAAUUGCAAUAAUCAGUGCAUUCUUCAUUUCAAGAUUCUGCGAAAAUCGAGCAUUGGCCAAAACUUCUUGGCGUAUUUAUCGUGACGAUUUUCGUGUUAUUAAUGAGGAUGAGAUGAAAUCAAUGGUAACUGUUACAAAUUCAAAAAAAAAACAAAUCUUAAAGGCGGUCAGACAGCUAUUCCGGUUGACGGAGACCACCCACGAAGCCUCUGACUUUAACCGGGCUAAACUUGAAUUGUGAAAAUAUGAAACUUCAAAUCUUCCUGUGCAAAAGUGCGUCGCAGUGUUUGCACACACACAAAUCCGCUGGACGUGGGGGGGGGGGCAAUUUGAAAUUUUGAAAACACAAGAUUUUCUCAGCUCGUAUUAACUUUCAUGAUUUCGGAAUUUUUUCACUGGUCCGUUUCAUAAUAAACUAUUUUUGACACUAAGCUUUGAGGAAAACCGGAAUAAUUGUCUAACCGCCUUUAACAUUUAUUUUUUAGCUGUCAAUUGGCUCUAGCAAAACAAAAAUGUCAAAUAUGAGCUCAUUCGUCAAACAUCACGCUGUUGUUGGAACAAACACUCACGCAUCUUUCCAUUUGUAUCCACAAAGAAGACCGAUUGUUUUUGGACGACAAGAUCUUCAACUUCUCAGUCAAAUGAAACAAGCUGUUCACGACAAUCUCAAUCCUUUCCUCGGAAUGUCGUUCAAUGAAAAAGAGGAGAUGACUGUUCUUUGGAAGUUUUGUUCUCGCGGAACAGUUCAGGAUAUUAUUUAUAAUAAUGAAGUUGUUUUGGAUUCGAAAUUUCACGGUGCUUUUAUUCGAGAUAUCACUUUGGGUCUCGAAUAUCUGCAUUCCUCAAUUAUCGGUUAUCACGGUUCACUCACCCCUUGGGCUUGUUUAAUCGAUCGAAAUUGGAUGGUUAAACUGACUGAUUAUGGAAUUGCGAAUCCGCUCGAAAGAUGGGAGAAAAUGGGAUUGAUCUCAACAGAAACACUCAAAGAGAAUGAUGAUAAAAGUGGAUCCGCGCAGAAGACAAGUAUACUUUAUCAACCACCGGAGAUGUUGAAGAAUCGAGAAUCGAACAAGAAUCGAAGAAUGGAUCAGUCCUGGGUGAAACAAUCGCAAGCAAGAAGGCAAAUGGGAGAUAUUUAUGCGUUUGGAAUGGUUAUGCAUGAAAUUUUGUUUAGAGCUUUACCCUUCCCUAACGGAACAAAUAUGACAGGUUAGAACUUAUUAUCGAAAAUCUCAUCCACGCGCUCCACCGAAAUAAACACGCAACGCAGACCGCGUCGCGUCACAACACACACAAAUAGGGGAACGAUUCAAAUUCCCUCCCUUUUUUGUGUGUGUUGUGGCGCGACGCGGUAUGCGUUGCGUGUUUAUUUCGGUGGAGCGCGUGGUGAGAUUUUCGAUAAUAUAAUUGAGAUUCUGAAGGAAGAUCUUUUUACAGAAGUGUUGGAUUACAUUCGUGAUGGUUCGAAGACAUUCCGCCCAACGAUUCAUGAUCGAACACAAAUUCAUCCUGAUCUUGUCGCUUUACUUCUCGAUUGCUGGAAUGAAAAUCCAGAAGUCAGACCAUCGAUCAGACGUGUUCGCCUCAACACCGAAAACUAUUUGAAAGUGUAUGUCAAGUUUUCAGGUAGAAAAAAACCAACAAAAAAAUUUUUUUUUAUAGAAAAGGCUCACUUGUCGAUCAAAUGAUGCGAAUGAUGGAACAAUACGCAAAUAAUCUCGAAAAAUUGGUCGCCGAGAGAACUGGAAUGUUAGAAGAGGCUAAUGUUCGAGCGGAUAAACUGUUGAGUCAACUACUGCCUGCCUACGUGGCAAAUGAGUUGAAGAUGGGACGAAGUGUUCCGCCGAAAACCUUCACAAUGGCUACGGUGAUGUUCAGUGAUAUUGUGGGUUUCACGACGAUUUGCUCAUCUUCGACACCGUUGGAAGUUGUGAAUAUGUUGAACAAUAUUUAUAGUAAAUUUGAUGAUGCGAUCAACAAGAACAAAGCUUAUAAGGUUUGUGGAAAUCUGGUAGACUCAAUCGCGCGUUAAUUUUGAAUUAGGUGAAAAAAACGCUGAAAAUUGCUUCAAAAUUCAAGAGGUAGAAAAUCUUCUAAUUUUUAAAAUUGGCCACCGUAUUUAUCUGGAUUUUUAAGUUUAACAUGAAAACCCCGAGAAAACCCCACAAAAAACAAAAAAAAAAGAAAAAUUUUCGAAACGUGUCCUCCGGGAGAACUACACGCUCUUGUUCGCUGGAGCGACAUUGCAUUUUUACUUUCGUUUUUUUCGCAGUAGGAUUGAAAAUCUCAAAUUUUGAGGAGAGAAUGUCGAAGAAAAGAAAAAAAGGAAAAAAAAGCCAACAAAGCGCUAAACAAAGGGGCAAGUCAUCAUUUGCGGAGUAUUGUUGCGCAGAAUUUUUUAAUUUUUUGUGAAAAACUAGUAUUUUCCGUGGGGAAAGUGAAGUUUGUGAGAUUUUCAGGGGUUCCCUCCAGAUUUUUUCUUUUUUGGAUAUAACGUUAAUGUUUACAGGUUGAAACAAUUGGUGAUGCUUACAUGAUUGUGUCGGGAAUUCCCGAAGAAAAUGGAAACGAGCACAUCGCCAACAUCUGCAACACCGCCCUAGAUCUAAUGGUCCUCCUCCAAAACCUACGAAAUCCCCCAUCGCCGCUCAGUCCGUCUUCGCAUUCGCCUCGGAAUCCACACCGGAACCGUCGCAGCCGGCGUCGUCGGCUUAACCGCACCCCGCUAUUGUCUAUUCGGCGACACUGUCAAUGUCGCAUCACGUAUGGAAUCGACAAGUGAACCCGAGAAAAUCCAAAUGUCCCAAGAGGCUCGCGAUUUCUGCAUUCGCUUCUAUCCCGAAUACAAUAUCACACUUCGCGGUGUCGUUGAGGCGAAAGGCAAAGGUCCCGUCACCACUUAUUGGCUUCUUGGGAAACGCGAGCAAGGCGAGGUGGAAGCUCAAAACUUCUCGCAACUUGGAAUUUAA